GGGAAGCCGGAGCGACGGGGGUCACGGCGGGGGUCAGAGGGUAAAGGUCUUGCUCCCAGCAGCCUCCGCGGUGGAUACGUCGCCAUCUUGGAUCCGCGGGACAAGAAAAUUCAUGCGAGGGAGAACUGGUGGGCGGUCCUUCCUGUGACACGACCCUUGAGUGACAGUUCUAUUUGAUUGCCUCCAGUACUGUGAGGAAAGGACACGACUCUAUGGUGAGGACUGAUGGACAUACAUUAUCUGAGAAAAGAAACUACCAGCCUCCAGCUCUGAGCUUUCCAAUCCCCAGAGUAGCAAAUGUUGAAAGAAGUUGCACAGGUGACAAACAGCAUGUUUGGUGCUUCAAGAAAGAAGUUUGUAGAGGGGGUCGACAGUGACUACCAUGAUGAAAACAUGUACUACAGCCAAUCUUCUAUGUUCCCACAUCGGUCAGAAAAAGAUAUGCUGGCAUCACCAUCUACAUCAGGUCAGCUGUCUCAAUUUGGGGCAAGUUUAUACGGGCAACAAAGUGCACUAGGCCUUCCAAUGAGGGGGAUGAGCAACAAUACCCCUCAGUUAAAUCGCAGCUUAUCACAAGGCACUCAGUUACCGAGCCACGUCACGCCAACAACAGGGGUACCAACAAUGUCACUUCACACGCCUCCAUCUCCAAGCAGGGGUAUUUUGCCUAUGAAUCCUAGGAAUAUGAUGAACCACUCCCAGGUUGGUCAGGGCAUUGGAAUUCCUAGCAGGACAAAUAGCAUGAGCAGUUCAGGGUUAGGUAGCCCCAACAGAAGCUCGCCAAGCAUAAUAUGUAUGCCAAAGCAGCAGCCUUCUCGACAGCCUUUUACUGUGAACAGUAUGUCUGGAUUUGGAAUGAACAGGAAUCAGGCAUUUGGAAUGAAUAACUCCUUAUCAAGUAACAUUUUUAAUGGAACAGAUGGAAGUGAAAACGUGACAGGAUUGGACCUUUCAGAUUUUCCAGCAUUAGCAGACCGAAACAGAAGGGAAGGAAGUGGUAACCCAACUCCAUUAAUAAAUCCCUUGGCUGGAAGAGCUCCUUAUGUUGGAAUGGUAACAAAACCAACAAAUGAGCAAUCCCAGGACUUCUCAAUACACAACGAAGAUUUUCCAGCAUUACCUGGUUCCAGCUAUAAAGAUCCAACGUCAAGUAAUGAUGACAGUAAAUCUAAUUUGAACACAUCUGGCAAGACAACUUCAAGUACAGAUGGACCCAAAUUUCCUGGAGAUAAAAGUUCCACAACACAAAAUAAUAAUCAGCAGAAAAAAGGGAUCCAGGUGUUACCUGAUGGUCGGGUUACUAACAUUCCUCAAGGGAUGGUGACGGACCAAUUUGGAAUGAUUGGCCUGUUAACAUUUAUCAGGGCAGCAGAGACAGAUCCAGGAAUGGUACAUCUUGCUUUAGGAAGUGACUUAACAACAUUAGGCCUCAAUCUGAACUCUCCUGAAAAUCUCUACCCCAAAUUUGCAUCACCCUGGGCAUCUUCACCAUGUCGACCGCAAGACAUAGACUUCCAUGUUCCAUCUGAGUACUUAACGAACAUUCACAUUAGGGAUAAGCUGGCUGCAAUAAAACUUGGCCGAUACGGAGAAGACCUUCUCUUCUAUCUCUAUUAUAUGAAUGGAGGAGAUGUAUUACAACUUUUAGCUGCAGUAGAGCUUUUUAACCGUGAUUGGAGAUACCACAAAGAAGAACGAGUAUGGAUUACCAGGGCACCAGGCAUGGAGCCAACAAUGAAAACCAAUACAUAUGAGAGGGGAACAUAUUACUUCUUUGACUGUCUUAACUGGAGGAAAGUAGCUAAGGAGUUCCAUCUGGAAUAUGACAAAUUAGAAGAACGGCCUCACCUGCCAUCCACCUUCAACUACAACCCUGCUCAGCAAGCCUUCUAAAAAGACUUCCCUUUUCUUAGGGUAUGGCUGUCUCAGCACAAUACUCAACAUAACUGCAGAACUGAUGUGGCUCAGGCACCCUGGUUUUAAUUCCUUGAGGAUCUGGCAAUUGGCUUACGCAGAGGGUCACCAUUUGAGGUCCUGCCUUACUAAUUAUGUGCUGCCCAACAACUAAAUUUAUAAUUUGUUUUCUCUAGUUUGAGCAGGGUCUGAAUUUCUUCAUUUCUUUUUUUCUUUUUUUUUUUUUUUUUUUUUGCCAGCAGACAUACUUGGGUCUGUAAAGACAAGCAAGUACACUGACAGAAGUUUACCAUUUAGUUUCUUAAAUGUAAAAAAGAAAACCCACAAAAGACUCAACAAAAUUAGACCACAAAAUUUGCAUUGUUCAUUGUAGCACUAUUGGUAAUAAAAUAACAAAUGUUUGUGCAUUUUUAUGUGAAGAUCCUUCUCGUAUUUCAUUUGGAAAGAUGAGCAAGGUCUGCUUCCUUCAUUUUACUUCCCCUUCUGUUUUUGAAAGGCAGUUUCGCCAAGCUUAAUGCAAGAAUAUCUGACUGUUUAGAAGAAAGAUAUUGCCACAAUCUCUGGAUGGUUUCCAGGGUUGUGUUAUUACUGAGCUUCAUCUUUCCAGAAUGAGCAAAACACUGUCCAGUCUUUGUUACGAUUUUGUAAUAAAUGUGUACAUUUUUUUUAAAUUUUUGGACAUCACAUGAAUAAAGGUAUGUAUGUACGAAUGUGUAUAUAUUAUAUAUAUGACAUCUAUUUUGGAAAAUGUUUGCCCUGCUGUACCUCAUUUUUAGGAGGUGUGCAUGGAUGCAAUAUAUGAAAAUGGGACAUUCUGGAACUGCUGGUCAGGGGACUUUGUCGCCCUGUGCACUAAAGGGCCAGAUUUUCAGCAGCCAAGGACAUCCAUACCCAAGUGAAUGUGAUGGGACUUGAAGAAGUGAACUGAGACAAUUCACUCUGGCUGUUUGAACAGCAGCGUUUCAUAGGAAGAGAAAAAGAUCAAUCUUGUAUUUUCUGACCACAUAAAGGCUUCUUCUCUUUGUAAUAAAGUAGAAAAGCUCUCCUCA